AUGGCAUCCAAGGGACCGGAGUGUUCAAUCUGUUUGGAAGGUUACAAUGACGAAAACAAAUGUCCUCGGAUGCUGAGUUGUGGACACAGCUUCUGCUCGCGUUGCUUGGAAAGGUUACUCCGUGGUAACACUAUUGAUUGUCCCAAAUGCAGAAAUCCAGUUGUCGUUCCUUCUGGGGUCCAUGGCCUGUUAAAGAAUUUUGCAUUACUGGACAUCGUGAACGAAACAGCACCCAAACAACAUGCUGAAAAUACAGGUUAUACAGGCACGCACGAAUGUGAGGCUUGUGAUGAGAAACACCCCGCGACUUUCUGUUGCUUGGAUUGCAAAGAAAACAUGUGCAAGACGGCGGCUCAGUUUCAUAAACGCAGCAAAUUAAGUCGUGACCACCGGGUUGUUACCUUCACGGAACUGAAAGCAAACCCUCAGCUGGCUUCUGUAUCGGUUCUCUGUCCAGAGCAUAACGAUCAAUUCCGCUUUUUCGACGAAAAUUGUGGUCAUGUUAUUUGUAGAGACUGUUACGCCCUUAAUCAUAACGGGCACAAGUGUGUAAUUGUAGCUGAAGCUGCUUCAAAGUACCGACAGGAAAUGAUGGCGCUUACCACCAAAGCCAGCUCUCAAGUCGAAAAGAUUAAAGCUGCUAAAGAUCAAGUGGAGAAAGAAUUCAAUUCCAUGGAGAAGGCUUGCAGAGAAAGGCGUGCUGAAAUUGAAGGCUUUUUUAAAGAAGUAAGGCAUGUAUUUCUCAUUAGGGAGAAAGAGCAAACAGUAUUCCUAACUUAUGUACUAGUUUCAAUCAGCAGUCAUUUUUGUAUCUACGGGAUAACGGUUCAUGCUCUGGCUGUUAAAUAAAGAAACAAAAAUGGUCCAAAAUUUUGACAUUUAAUGUCCUCAACGUGGAAUGCAGAAACCAGUGAUUUGUAAAUGCUUAUCGCGGAUCAUGAACUAGGAGCAUUGGACUAGAUGUUUAAGGGUAGGCCCAACGGAACAUGAUUCGAUUGAACUGAUUCACUGAACACACCUUGGGAUGCACCUAUCCAUCGUUUUUUUUCUGUGAUAAGUGGAUUUUUUGUUUGGAAUAAACCCUCGGAUAUUAACAGUAUGUGUUUUCUUUUUUAUAUUUGUUAGCUUCAUUCCGCAUUAUCCAAACGAGAGGGUGCUCUGGUUAAAAAAUUAAUCCUCUAUGAAAUACACAAUGAAGAUAUACUUUGGGAUCAGAUAUGCCGUUUAACAGCUAGCGAAGCAUGUUUAGACGAUGCACUCCAACGAGCAAAUUCCUCCAUCCAAUCUCCAAGCGAUAUUCAGUUCCUUCUUAGCAGGUCGGAUAUAGUGUCUAUGCUCGAGGCCGAAGAAAACUACUCAAUGGUGCUUGAGCCAGAGGCACAGUUUUUGAUGGAAUUCACCAAGGAAAAAAAGAAUAGAAUGGUAAGAAUUCAAAUUUUGACUUACUCUAAAUUAGCCUGGGACCAGACUAACGGUUCUCUUCGGGCGCCAUUCUUUUGUUUGGGAUGAAUAUUCUAGCAGAUAUUCUUCAAAUACCGUGAAAUUCCCGGGGCUUGUAGUUUUCAAAGGCCGUUUUUGAGGGGCUUACAUUCGGAGGGGCUUAUAUAAGGAAGGAAAUUGCUGUCUGAAAAUCGAUUGGGCUAGCUUAUAGUUGAAAGGAAAUCUAUGUCAGUAAUUUGCAGAAAGGUUUUACUGAAACUUGCCUUGAGGACGUAGACCUUUCUAAAACGCAGCCAUGCAAGUACUUUGUCUAUAUGGACCGAGGAAAUCCAAGCCAAGAGUGAAGAGUUAACUACGCAAACAGCAAUUAACUGUGACACGUUCUGACUGCAAUCGUUUGGCACCCUUAAUGGUUCUUUGGGAAAUACAAAAAUUUAUAUUAUGCUUUGCUUUACUUUGUAUUUGAGGGCAAUUUCCAAGUACAUGCCCCCGGGGACUUAUAUUCGGAGAGACUGAGAUUUAACUGAGGCUUUUUUGCGUUACGAGUUUGGGGGGCUUAUAUUUGGAGGGGCUUAUUUUCGGAAUGUUACGGUAGCAGUCAGUUAUCUACCUUGGUCCCAGACUUUUUUCUUUAAGAGAGAAGGAGCUGCACAAAGCGCCGAUCUGGGACCAUAUUCGUCGAGUAGUAUUUAGUCCUGUUCUUGGUAUGUUUUUAGGCCGCAGUUAAAAUAUUUCUAUUUCGCAAAAAGUGUGAAAUUUUCCGCCUUUCUCUUCAGCUCUACCAAAAGAGCCUGAGCUGAGCAAAUACAACCUCUUCCCCAGGGCUUCACGGUUUUCUACCUUUUUCUGCAGUUAUCCUGCACCAUUGAUACCUCUUUUUGGGGAUAUCGCAAACGUCGUCUAAAUCUGGUCAACGCUAACUACAGUAGUUCUGAAGAAUUUGCCGACGAUUUGAGCCAAUCAGAAAUGGAGAAAUAUUAUAUAUCUCUUUUUACAAUAUGGUAGAUGCAACGUGCGUUGCCUAUGUCGCAGUCACUCCACACCGCUUGUAUAGACUAUGUGGGAAACUAUAUAGGACUCAGUAUGGCGUCAGUAUCAGGUGUUUUCGUUGUGGGAAAAUCCCACCCCUCACGAACUUUUCUUUUGCUCGAAGAUUCUGAAUGUUUUCUGAAUUUGUCUCUACUUGUUAUUCUGAGAAGCUGUAUUGCUAGUCUGAAGGUUUUGAAUUAUAAUCUUGAAGAUCAUCUGAAGAAAGUCUACGAUUGUGUCCGUUUUAUUCAGACUAUACCAAUGGUUAAGACGAUGCGUGGGCCAGCUUUACGCACAGUGAUUGGUCCUUGCCAAUGAUCUAUUAGAGUACACACACCAAAUGCAUUUCUCAGUUCACAAAUAUAUUUUUUUACGAACUCAUUUAAUAGUUGCUUUUAAGAAAAAAAUGUGGUUGUCGCAAGUCAAUUUAUUUGACAGAUGUACAUGAAAUAAAUCAUAUAAGAACGGCUAUGAAGCCUCUGAUGUUGGGAGCUGGUCAGUUAUGUGUUCAUAUGUUCCCGUGAAAGAUUUUUUGUUUCAUUUCCGCAGUUCUUAUAUGAUUUAUUUCUUAUACAUCUCUAUCAUUCUUAGCCUUUCACGAGAACAUAACAACACAUAAUUUACCAGCUCCCAACAUCAGUGGCUUCAUAGCUCAGUUGGUUAGAGUAUCGCACCGGUAUCGCGUGGUCACGGGUUCAAAUCCCUUUAAAGUUCUGAAUUUUUUUUCAGGAUUCUUACGCAAUUGCAUUAAUUGCGUUCACAACUGCGAGAAUCAUUCUUCAUUUGAUUUCAGUAUUAUUAAAUAAAACAGCUAAGAAACAGAAUAUCAAGUGAAAGAUUAAUAGGCUUUUAAAAAUUGAAUUUGUAAGGAAUAUAAAAUUGGCAGGGACUUACUGCAACGAUCUCUUUCAGUCAUCUUCUCACCAUCCCAAAAUGAGUAUAGAGGAAGCUAUCAAGAGAGUUGGCGACAUCAAUGACAUAUCAACCUAUGCAGCAAACACCAUUGCAACUGGCCCGGGAAUAACAACUGCAAUCCCUGGAAGGAAGGCGACAUUCACUAUUACUUCUCGCGACAUACAAAACUGUCAACGCAAGCUCGGUGGUGACGUGUAUGAGGUGAAACUGAAGCCAGCUGUGGGAGGAGACGAAAUAAAGGUAGAUUUAAACGACCGAAAGGAUGGAACUUACUUGGCAGAAUAUACUGUCGACAAGUUGUAUGGUAAAUUGACAUUGUCCGUGUGCUUGCGAGGUGCACACAUUAAAGGCAGCCCUUUUGCUGUACAAAGUGUUAAACCUCUUCGUCAUGUGACGAACCAAAGUCCA